CAUACAGUAUAAAAUAAACCUUUUUCCCAGCGCAUUUACGCAAGAUAACUAUUGCUAUAAAAAAAUUAUCUAAAAAAACUUGAUCCACCAAUAAAAUCUCAAUAAAAUUACUACGCAUCAAUUUACCUAAUCAUGUCCAGUUUGUCAUUGCUCAACUCUUUGGAGUCAUGCCUUUUUUGACCUUAACCGCUGUUUUUUUGUUCAUUGGUCCAGUGUUAAUCAUAGGGAUCGAAAAAGGUCACUUCAUGACCAGAUCUUUACUGAACUUAACGAUAAAUUUGACACAUGUAUUUCCGAUAUUAAUUCUACUUUCACUGCGAAGCUUGACAGAAUCAAUAAUGAUCAUGGAAGCCGAAAAAAACAAGGCACGUGAUGAUGACUUCACUAAGGAGACGCAAAAAAUCUUUUCAAUGAUCAGUACUGUUACCAAAAGGCUUGAUAGGAUCGAAGAAGCCUGCCAUAAUGAUUUUGGAAACAUUUCGUCUGAAUUUACAUCAAUCAAAGCUUCUAUUGAAAUUCUUCAAAAUGAUUUGGCCCAACGUUAUGCGGUUGUCCGAAGAGCCGAUUUUGAUCAACAAAGCGUGUCCAAUGAAUCUGAAACUAAUGGAUCUGGACUGGGAAGUUCGCUAGACUCUGCCUCAGCUUCAACUAGUUCAAGCUCUUCAUCUGAAGGUUCCAAUUUAUCUGGAAUUUUUGAUAUUACUGGAGACAUUAAAAUUCGCUUUAAACAACACUUUGAUCGACUUAUGAAGGCGAGGAAUUAUACUAUUGAUGAGAUGUGUUACUCGGUAGAAGUAGAUAUUCGUAGUCUUGGAGGGAAUAUUAAAAUCUCAACAGUGAAAAAUUUUUAUGGUGGUGUUGGUCGCAGUACAGUUCCUACUGUUAAUCAGAUAAACGCAUGGGUAAAUAGUUUUAAUAAUAAUAAUGCGGAGUAGUGAGAAGGAACUGCCAUUUUUACUUAGCCGGCCGGUCCUUUCUCAUUGCUUUACAAAAAUAUAAUAAAGAUUUCACUUUGAAUUUUU